CCGCCAAAAAUCCGAAAUCCAAUAAACAGAAAGCGUUCUUUCUUCUUUUUCUUCAUCAUCAUCAUCUUCUUCUUCUUUACUUUUUACCUUCCAUUUCGUACGUAUACAGACACGUUUAUUGCAAUUCCUGUGUAUAGGCUCGGGUUUAUUGCUCAAUUCAGCAACUUAUAAUACCGUAUGGAUAUAUGGGGGGAAGCAAAGGAGUUGUAUCAUUCACAAUGGAUGAUGAAGUUUGAGGUAGCUUAGCUAGCUUGUGCAUUUGCUGAAUCAGAGAGGGAGUCGUCGUCAUCGAUCUUUGCCUCGGAGCUAUGAGGAUUUCGUUUAUUCUUCUGCGAUUGAUUCUUCUACUGUUCCUCUUCUGCAAUCAUAACGGUAAACUCAGUGUGAGAGCAUUCACUGGAACUUAUGGGAUUAAUUAUGGAAGAAUUGCAGAUAACAUCCCUUCACCGGAUGAAGUUGCUAAACUCCUAAGAGCAGCAAAGAUAAAAAAUGUUAGGAUUUAUGAUGCAGAUCACAGUGUCAUUAAGGCAUUUAGAGGAACUGGGCUUGAGUUAGUGGUUGGACUUUCAAAUGGAAAUGUAAAAGAUAUGAGUGCUAAUGCAGAUCAUGCACUGAAUUGGGUAAAGGAUAAUGUGAAGGCAUUCCUUCCUGACACACACAUUGUUGGGAUUGCUGUGGGUAAUGAAGUUUUGGCAGGGAGUGAUUCUGAACUGUCAGCAGCUUUACUGAAUGCUGUAAAAAAUUUACAUAAUGCCACAAAAAAUCUGGGAAUUAGUGAUGCUAUUCAGAUAACAACUGCACAUUCACAAGCUGUUUUUGCAAAUUCAUUCCCUCCUUCCUCGUGUAUUUUUAAAGAGGAUGUUGCUCAACUCAUGAAACCACUUUUAGAAUUCUUCUCCCAGAUAGGAUCCCCUUUCUGUUUAAAUGCUUACCCCUUCUUGGCGUACACAUAUGAUUCAGACAAGAUUGAUAUGAACUAUGCUCUCUUUAACUCAAAUAAGGGCAUUUAUGAUGAGAAACCUGCUCUUCAUUAUGAUAAUUUGCUUGAUGCUCAGAUUGAUGCAGCAUAUGCAGCUUUGGAAGAUGCUGGAUUUAGAAAAAUGGAAGUUGUAGUUACAGAAACAGGAUGGGCUUCACAUGGUGGGCAGAAUGAACCUGCUGCUACAGUAGAUAAUGCUAGGACAUACAAUUACAAUUUGCGGAAAAGACUUGCAAAGAAGAAGGGAACUCCAUUGAGGCCAAAAACAGCGCUGAAGGUGUAUGUUUUUGCACUUUUUAAUGAGGAUUUGAAGCAAGGCCAAUUGUCUGAGAAGAACUAUGGAUUAUUCAAACCUGAUGGGAGGAUCUCUUAUGAUAUUGGUUUUUCAGGACUAAAAGAUUCAUCUGCAACAUCCUCUAUUUUGACUUUGAAGAAACUGAUGGUAACUUUUAUUCCAUGAUUCCGUGUGCCACUGUGCUGUAUCAACUACAAUGAUUUAUUUGCCCUGGAUAGAAGGAGAGAAAAAGAGAUAGGAAGAUAUUGCAGAGAAAACAAGGUUUUCAAGUUUAAGUGUUUCUUGUCUUGUCUGAUAACUGAAAGUUAGUUUGUGGGGAAGUACUGAAGUAAGUUUUGAAGUUUUUGUUUGGUACAUGUUGGGUCACGUGAUUGUCUGUUGGAUUUGCUUGCAAGGGUGAAGUUUCACCCACCUUUAUGCUUAAAUCAGAGCAUGCUAGCUUCUGAGUUGAAGGAAGGGGUAAAGAUGAAAUAAGAAGAGACAUGUUUGUUCUAUUUCAUGUUUGCAAAUAUGAUGGCAACUAUAUUCUAAUCAUAAGUCACAAGUAUUGAAUAAAUGGCACUGAUUGUAAAGCUAUAAAACUAACUGUACUUGCUGUUUAGGAAAUCCCUAGGGGGUUUGUGGUUUACCUUCCAUUAACUAAUUCUUGUUGAUAUUCAUAAAAAAAACCUUGAAGAGAUUUAUAAGCUCUUGUUUCAUUGCAUCUUGUAUUAUGAACUUAUCUGUUGCCA